AGAGAAGAGAGAGAGAGAGAGAGGGCGAGAGAAAGAGAGAGAGAGAGAGAGAGAGAGAGAGAGAGAGAGAGAGAGAGAGAUAUGUGGAAAGAACGACGAAGAAACGAACGAGAGAGGAUGCGGAGGAGGAAGAAAAAACGCCGAAACGAAAACGAACGAGGAGCAGAAAAUGGUGGAUGGAAAGAAAACCACGAAUGA